GCGCCAAAGACUCAAACAGGAAGUGAGACGAACACACAACAGAGGAAGCUCCAGGUUCGAGUCCGGUGGCUUCACGCAGUUUGUCUCUCUCACACGCAGAUGGACGCUCAGCCGUACUUCCCGGUCCAGGCCGGGGUCGGGAUGGAGGAGAACUUCUUGUCCCUGGACGACAUCCUGCUAUCUCACGAGAGGCUUCCGGUCCGGAUCGAGUGCACCUUUCCCCGGCUCGGCUUCUUGGAGAGGUCCAGUGACACGCAGGACAUCGUGGAGGGUACAAAGAUGGAGCUUCCUCUGUGGUUGUCCAAGGGUCUCUAUGAGAAGAAGAGGAGGGUGCUGUCCGUGGAGCUGCCGAAGGUUUACAGAGAGGGCUGGAGGACCGUGUUCAACGCCGACCCCAACGUGGUGGACCUGCACAAGAGGGGGCCCUACUACUACAGCCUGGGAUCCCAGAUGCUGCACUUUGAAAGCCCGGAGAACCCAGAUAUUGCACAGACGCUGCUGCAGACGUUCAUCGGUCGGUUCCGCCGGACCAUGGACUCGUCCCAGAACGCCUACAACGAGGACACGUCGGCUCUGGUGGAGCGUCUGGACUCUCUGGAGAAAGGUCUGUUCAAGUCCGGGCAGAGCGGACUCAACGGCUUCCAGAGCUGGGAGAAGGGUCAGGCCGGACAGCUCACCGCCUCCAGCCUGGUUCUCAACUACCGCAAGAGGAAGAUGGCCGAUGGCCCACACUGACCUCCGACCCCCGACCUGCAGUAGAAAGAUGUCAAACUCUCGUCAGUACUUCAGUCAGUACUUCAGUCAGUACUUCAGCCAGUACUUUGGAGUACAACAGCAACAGGAUACUGUGAGAUUUCUUUGCCCAAGGAUUACAAUAUGGACAUAUGAUAGGUGUGUUUCCUACUACUCACUUUCACUUCACGUCCACUUGAGGAGAAGCUGAGUGGAGUGUUUCAUUAACCAGGAUCCUCAAUGCAGUCUGACCUUGUGAGUUGACCACCAUGUUAAAUGUUAUCAACUGGACACAACCUACUUCUUCAAGACUCUUUAUUCUUAAAAUGUUCAAAAUCAAAAACCUUCAGAUUGGACCUUUCAUUUAACAAACACCAAAUGUUAAAAUUCCAAUCAUCUAUGGUGUUAAUCCUUCGAGUGUCACGGGGGGGGGGGGGGGGGUUGUCCACACACACUCUGAGUGUACUCUGUGUGUGAGUGUUUUGGCCUUUAGCUGCUGUUAUCAGCAGCUUCCUGUCCCAGUCAAGGUACCGCUCGUUAUCCAGAGGUGAAACUCAAGUGCCAACGUGUGAAAGUUUCCAGAUGAUAAACUUCAAAGACACACUGGAGUUUAAUUAGACAGAAAUAGAACAUUUAGUUCACGACUCUUCUGUUCAUCUCAUUUCAUAGGAAUUUAUAUUAAAGCAAAUGUUUUUAAUUAUUAAUCCCAUAAAUCCAGCUUAAUUCUAGGUUCUGUCUUCUGGUUGUGACGUAGCUCAUUGCAGUUAACUUGGGUUUCUGGAGUCGUGAUUGUUAUAACACAGAAACAUGGUGACAUCCAUUUUGUUUCUGUUUCAUGGAAAUGUUGUUGUCUUGAUAACAACACAUUGUCACAGCUGAACUGGGGCUAAAUGCCGACAACAGAACAAGUCAGGAAAAGCCUGUUUGCUGUUGUUGUGUUACCAUCCGGCUGCUGUAAGUGCUCACACAUGGAUUAGUUAGUGAAGGCAUGUUUAGACACAUGUGAGGUGGCCCAGCUGUUUGCUGAAGUGUUAAAUGUGGGUCAGACGCUGGCCAGUGGGAGGCGGGUCACUGCUGAUGAAGAUAUCGAUUUUGCCUCGGGGCUGAAACCAUUGAUCCUGAUAUGGGAUUGUUCUGAAAGAGAGGGCCGCACAAAAAGUUCCAACAUUUGUUUUACUGCUGUGAAGAUUUUCUGUCUCUUGACUCUUCAGGCUCAAUGUAGUUAAAGACUGUUACCCUCUUGUUUUAAUGUCCUGGUGUGCGACCACAUGUGCGUUGUUGGGCAGCUUGUGAGACUCGUAUCCAGAAAAUAAAUCCAAGGAAUGUGCUUGUGACCAACUGUCCGGGACAAGAGUUUAAACAAAACCUAAAACUCCUCCCUUCUCCGCUUUGUCACGUUUACAUUUUAUUCUGCGGUGACGCAAUCUGUCCUAGAAUGUUAAAAUAAAAUAAGAAAUUCAUGAAAUAAAUGUGUAGCUGUUUUUAGCCUCCUCUUGUAAAUCCUGGCAUUUUUGCAACCUGGUGAUAUUUGUGAAAUUAAAUUAGUUACAA